GAUACAAAAUUUCAAGCAAAAUCCAAACGAGCCCCUUUACGAGGCUUGGGAGAGAUUCAAAGAUCUUCAAAGGCAAUGCCCACAUCAUAAUAUCCAGUCCUGGCACUUAAUGACGGCUUUCUAUGAAGGCCUAAAUGAAAACUCACGGAUAUUGUUGGAUGCCUCAGCGGGAGGAUCAUUCAUGAGCCUUGAACUUGACGAAGCUGAAGAACUCAUUGAGCGGAUCUCAACAAAUGGAUCUACAUGGUACUCUGAUCGUCCAUCCGCUCAACCAAAAUUGGAGGCAUCACCGCCUCAUGUUCCUGUUUUCAUGUGUGUAUCCUGUGGUGGACAACAUGAUCAAUCUUCAUGUCCAUGGGAUGCAAUGGAGCAAGUUGAUUAUGUCAACUACAACCGGCCACAACAACAACAAAAUCCAUUUGGCGGAUUUAGUUCACAAAACAGAAAUCAUCCUGGUUUCUCAUGGAGCAAUCCCAGUGGAGCUGCCAACCCACAAGCUUAUCGGAGUUCACCACCCGGCUUUCACAAUCAACAGCAACAACAAUUUAGAGGUGGCCAAGGUUUUGCUAACAAUCAACAAGUUAAGCAAAACCAAAGCUUCCCCUAUGUUCCAAAUCAACAAAAGCCGAUCUUGCCAACUCCUGAAACACCAUCGGCUCCCGGCUUGGAUAACAUUGUUGAUCAGCUACUCAAAUCUCAACUAGCCCAAGCCGAAACCUUGAAGAAGAUUUCUGAAGAGCUUACUCAACUUCGAGCUCACAAUAGAAUGCUUGAAAAUCAAAUCUCUAGUCAAGCAUCAACAUCCUCAACAAAGGUGACCGGAAAAUUGCCAGCUUGUCCUGAGAAUCCAAGAGAACAAAUGAAUGCUAUCACUACUCGGAGUGGGAAACAACUUCAAUCUCCAUCUCUUUCAAGUAGUGAGCCCGAUGAAGAAAUAAGGGAGGAUGCCAAGGAAGAACCUCAGAACAAAGUCAAAGGAGAUGCUGUUGGAAUGCUGCCGGAGUCAAUUCAGAUCAAAGAAGGAAAGAAGGAAGAAGAUGAAGGUUUGGUAAGGAAAUAUGUUCCACCAAUUCCUUUUCCAAACCGACUCAAGAAAUCACAUAUUGAGGAACGAAGAACCAAGUUCUUGAACCGUAUCAAGCAAUAGGAUAUCUCUAUUCCUUUGCUUGAUGCCAUCACCGAAUUUCCUUCUUAUUCCAAAUUUCUCAAGGAGAUCUUAACAAAGAAAAAGGAAAAUCCUCU